AUGAGGAAUGAUGGCUAUACAAAGGGGUACCAGUACCGAGUGGAUGUGCGGGGGUAUGAGGUGUGCGGGGGUGGCAGAGGACAAAUCAAACAGAAAAAGAAGACUGUCCCUCAGAAAAUAACGAUAGCUAAAAUCCCCCGCGCCAAGAAGAAAUAUGUCACCCGAGUCUGUGGAAUGAACACCUUUGACAUUGACCUUAAAGAGGCUCAGAGAUUCUUUGCCCAGAAGUUCUCCUGCGGCGCCUCGGUGACGGCGGAGGAUGAAAUCAUCAUUCAGGGAGAUUUUACAGAUGACAUCAUCGAUGUCAUUCAGGAAAAGUGGCCUGAGGUUGAUGACGACAGCAUUGAAGAUCUUGGAGAAGUCAAGAAGUGAAGACCCGACGUGCACUUUUACUGAAAAUGGAUGCAACAUGUAACAACAACCUGGCCAAAUGUACACAUUAACAUUAAAAAGGAGUCGUUUUA